UGAUUUGUUUUUGUCCAGAAUAAUAGCAUAAUAACAAAAAGAAAGCCUUUGCACCUUUAACAACACGACCUUUGAUGUCUACAGCCUCUAACCGCGUCAGAUGAUGUGAAUCAUUCGAAAAGUGACGCAGAAACCCCCACGGUCUGGUAUUUCCAGCAAUUCCGUGAUGUCGCACAUGACACGCAGAAAUGGCUGACAGACAUAAACCAUCAGAGCCGUGCCGGACAGCUGCUGAUUACUGCUGCAGAGUAAACAUUUGUUAGGCCUCGCUGUACAAGCACAGAUAGGCUCCAGCUCCAUUGACAGGCUCUCCUCAAUUGCGUCCAUGACGCCUGAUCCAUCGUGUCCACGACCAUUAAGAGAGAGAAUGGGUGUGAUGAUAAUGUAUUGAUCAGGUUGUGAUGGAUGGCCCCCUGCGGUAUAUAAGUGAAACUGAGUCAGACAGAAAUAUAGACAGACUCUGACCAGCUGACCACAAGAGCACGAUGCUUUCUCUGGCUUUGCUUUACCUUGUCGCAGUGAUUUGCUCUGCGAGACGGACACACACUCUUCCUCUGUAUCCUGACACCAACCUGGAGCCACAUGCAGAUUUCAUUCAGAAAUUAGUAUCAGAAGUUGAGGACCGACCCAACACUGCUGAGGAGGAGCAGAGAGAGGUUAAUAACCUGUAUCCUCUACUGAUGCAGCACAAUGGAGGCAGAGACGCUUGGCAUAAAGAAAUGAAAGACUCAGCACAACAAGACAAGUUUGCAAACAUGGUCGAGGACCUCAAAGAAGUCGUUCUGAAGAUGGCAGCGGCCGACAAACUCCGCUCUCAGGUUUUCGUCAGAUCGGAUCAGAACCUGCCAAGAACAAACAAAAGAGCCUGUUUCUGGAAAUACUGUGUGACCAACUAGAAUCACGGCAACGUCGGGUGUUUGUGACGAGGCCUGCACACAAAAAACACGCUCACGCUCACCCUCACCCUCAUCAUCGACACUUUUGUUUCCCAUCAACAAUAUAUCUGAACCCGGAUCAACAGAAAUUAUAUUUUUUGAAGUUGUAAAAGUGUCUCUUUGUUUUUGUGUCGUGGCUGAAAAUAAACUUGAAAAUAAAAUGUGA